AUGUCGCAAACAACCCUGAGACUUGCAUUCUCAGCUGCCAGGCCAACGCGCCCGCAAGAUCCUCGACUGUAUAUCCAAGCCUGUCGGUCUAUCUCACACUGCGUCCGCAAACAGCCGCUACUCUACCAACGACUGCCUUUCAGACACUCUAAGCCAGUGUCUCCUGCGUCCACAAGAGGCUUUUCAAAUACAAGUGCUGCACAGGCCACCGUCGUGGCAAGAAACCCCCGCGUCGAUGAUGAUGGCAAGGAGAUGACGAUCGAGAUAUCAGAACGAGCUGCGAAGCGUCUGAAGCAGAUAACAAGCGCACCUCCUCAAAAGAACACACUUGCCUCAUCCCCGGCCACUCAAGACGCACACCUGCGCGUGACCGUAACUUCAGGUGGGUGCCAUGGUUUUCAAUACUUGAUGUCUCUCGAGGACUCUUCGAAAGUGGAUGAAGAGGAAGAUACGAUAUUCGCAGCUCAGGAUAGCGAAGGUACUGGGAAGGCACAAGUCGUCAUGGAUCAGGCAUCGCUCGAACUGCUGAAGGGAAGCACUAUCGACUUCACAACAGAACUGAUUGGCAGCCAAUUCAAGAUCGUUGGCAAUCCAAGGGCGACCAGCAGCUGCGGCUGCGGCACAAGCUUUGAUAUUGAGUAG